CGAGAGCUAAGGAUGGAAGAGUAAAGGCAGGAGUACACGGGCGUGGGCUUCAGCCUGAAUUUGUCCUGUGUUUGCCGCCGCUGAUCCUUUUACUCCACAGCUCCCUCGGUUACUCAUCCCCUCACCCCACUCUGCUUCCAGUGCCUCUGCCCCUGACAGCCGCCCGUCAGCCUUAAGAAAAUUCUUCAAUACCGGAUAAGGGUGGUCUAGAGAAGGACCAGACUCAAGGGACUAGAGGACCGCCUCUUUUGGGACCCUCCUCCUUAGAGGUGGGGGGUGGGGAAGGCAUCAGUGCUCAGGGCCGCCCCUGCCUCGCUCCCCCCUCCCUUUUUCUUGCCCAAGCUCGCCUCUUAGGCAUGGGAGAUUGGGUCACAGGAGCAGGGUGACUCCAGAGCCUGGCCCCGUGGAGCGGAAGGGCAGGUAAGGACUUCUCGAAGAAUGAAGUGUUCCUUGGCUCUGCCUGACCCGUCAACCUUCUGGGCUCAGUUUAGCUGCGAGCAGGGCGGGAAGUUGAGCCAGCAGAGAUUAAAGAGUUGGAGGACCGCCGAGGCAGGUGCGCCUACUGAAGACAAGAAAUGUAUUCUAAGGACGUGGAGGAUGAACAGGCAUCUGCCAAAUUUUUGAGAAGACUCAAUAGAAGAAGGCUCAUAUAAAUAAAUGUAUGUUAAAAUGACAUUGUAGUGCUUGAAUCCUUCUCUGGUUUCCCAUGUGACUAAAGCAAGAUCUAUCUGUAAGUUUCCCCUUUCAUUGGAGCCAAAUUACAAGCUCUAGAACUCAUGGGCAGUUAUUCAAUUGGCAACAGUUAGAAAUGGAGAGAAUCAAAGAGGUAUCCAAAGAACCAGGACUUUGUGAGCAGAAGAAACCUUGUAUAUGCUGAAAUGAAAAGUUCACUGAGACUAGAAGAUGAAUCACAGGAAAUAGCAGUUUGGGGUCUUUGAUCUUCGGCAUGAUAAGAAGAUGCUAUGGUUUAUUCAGUGGGAUCUGAAAGUGACCAGAGUCCCUACAUGAGCAGCUGGUUAUGGUCCUAGACCCCACAGUCAAUGAAAGCCUAUACUUUAUACCCACAGGAAAAUGUUUGGAACUUCUCACAUGAAAUGAGCAGCUUUCUGUUUUACUGAAUACAUUAUACCAUGAUAACUUUGAUAGUCUUCACAGUAAAAUUGAGAAACUGAAAUUGCUCAUGUUGAAUGACCAUCCUCUGGGCUAAGCAAGUAGUUCUGAAUCCAAAGUCAAGUUAUUUUCCGUGUAGAACCUUGCCCAGCCCACUGAACUCUUAAAAACUGGCUAACACCCUUUGGAUAUCACAAUGGAGACGUGAGCCUCCCCUGGACGAUGACCACAGUGUAUGUGAAUGGAGGCCUGGGGAACCCCCGCUAUGCCAGGUGGAAUCGCCGGGAGAGCUUUGAGGACUAUGGCCAGACUGAGCACUACCAGGGAGAUGCAGAAGGGCAGCAGCAUAAGCUGACACCAUUUGAGAAACUCACGCGGGACAUGUCAAAGGAUGAGAAGGUGGUGAGAGAAAUUACACUUGGGAAAAGAAUCGGCUUCUACAGGGUCCGAGGGGAAAUUGGAAGUGGAAACUUCUCCCAGGUGAAGCUUGGAAUUCACUCCCUAACCAAAGAAAAGGUGGCUAUUAAGAUCCUGGACAAGACGAAGUUAGACCAGAAAACCCAAAAGUUACUGUCACGUGAGAUCUCCAGUAUGGAAAAACUUCACCAUCCCAACAUCAUCCGCCUGUAUGAAGUUGUAGAGACCCUCUCUAAGCUCCACCUGGUGAUGGAAUAUGCCGGAGGGGGAGAGCUCUAUGUGAAGAUCAGCACUGAGGGAAAGCUCUCAGAAAUGGAAAGCAAGCUCAUUUUCUCCCAGAUUGUGUCAGCGGUGAAGCACAUGCAUGAAAAUCAAAUUAUUCAUAGAGAUCUGAAGGCGGAAAAUGUAUUUUAUACAAGCAAUACCUGUGUGAAGGUGGGUGAUUUUGGAUUCAGCACAGUAAGCAAAAAAGGUGAAACCCUGAACACUUUCUGUGGGUCUCCUCCAUAUGCUGCCCCUGAGCUCUUUCGGAAUAAAAAUUAUGUGGGCAUUUAUGUGGAUAUCUGGGCCUUGGGGGUCCUGCUAUAUUUUAUGGUGACUGGCACGAUGCCAUUUCGAGCAGAGACAGUGGCCAAACUAAAGAAGUGUAUUCUCGAUGGGACAUACAGCAUACCCCCUUAUGUCUCUAACCCCUGUCAGAGGCUGAUCCGUGGCGUUCUGCAGCCGAUACCUACAGAAAGGUAUGGCAUCGACUACAUCAUGGACAAUGAGUGGAUGCAAGGAGUACUACACCCCACUCCCUUGGAACCUUUCCAAUUGGACCCCAAGUAUUUGUCAGAAAAAAGCAUACUUAAGGAAGAAGAGAACGAGGUCAAAAAUACCUUAGAAAAUCUGGGUAUUACUGAAGAGCAUAUCAGAAAUAACCAAGGGAGAGAUGCCCGCAGCUCAAUCACUGGGAUCUACCGUAUCAUUUUGCACAGAGUCCAAAAAAGAAGGGCUUUAGAGAAUGUCCCAAUAAUGACGCUGUCAGACUCCAAGGAAGGAAACUCAAAGAAAGCAUCCCGUGUCUACCGGGGCAUACGACACACAUCCAAAUUUUGUUCUAUUUUAUAAAUUCAAUUAGACUGCCAAUAAAUUUAAACAGUUUUUGGAUUUGUUUUUAAAAUUUUCCACAAGCAACUUGGAUUAUGACAAUUUUUAAAUUUUAAAUAAACUCAAAUGGUAAUUUUGCAAUCUAUUUUUCUUUCAAACUGACAAAGCAAUAAAUCCCACUUAGAUUUUCUGGUUUGAGGGUAUCUUAAGAAUGUGGUACGUGUUAUUUGUCAAGUAUUUAUUACUCAGUUUACCUAAUGACCACUCACACUCCUAACUUCUCUUGAGGAAUAAUGCCCCCAAGAAAACGUUAUGGCUUUGUUAAGCUAAAAUAGACAGUGCAGGUCAAAACCCAACAGAAUGUCAUAUUAUUCAUCUAAAACAAUUUGCCAAGGCGGGCAAGCCUUGGUUAAUACUUAAGCAACAUCAAAUAUCAGUUUCAUCUCUAUGCUGUUAGUUUUCAUACCUGAAAUGUUGUAAUUGGCUAUGAUGAUCCAAUUUAGCCUUUCCUAGUUCUGCCUGAUCUUGCAUAUGACCUUCGUUAUUUCUUUGCUUUACUGUAUUGUGUGGUUUAAUGUUAAAGUGAAUUACUCAGUUCAUCUUUUUUCUCAACAUUGGCUUCAGUAUUUGAGAUGGCCUAGUUAGAAAGUUCCAGCUGUGUAAAUAAAGGUUUCUUGGCUGGG